AGGUUCUUCAUCAUUAAGGAAAGCUUCCUGCUCUACUAUGCUGAGAGUGAGAAGAAGAGCUUUGAAAGCAAUAAAUACUUCAACAUUCACCCCAAGGGUGUUGUACCUCUGGGAGGCUGCAUCGUGGAGCCCAAAGAAGAGCCCAACAUGCCUUAUGCCAUAAAGAUCUCUCAUGAAGACUUCCAUGGUAACAUUGUUCUAGCAGCUGAAUCAGAGUUUGAGCAGGCUCAGUGGCUGGAGAUGCUACAGGAGUCUGGAAAAGUGACCUGGAAGAAUGCCCAGCUGGGAGAAGCCAUGAUCGAGAGCCUGGAAGCCCAAGGACUGCAGCUGGCCAAGGAGAAACAGGAAUAUUUAGAUAAGCUAAUGGAAGAAACAGAAGAGCUGUGUCUGCAGAGGGAGCAAAAAGAGGAACUCGAGCGUCUGAACCAGGUCCUGGAAGCAGAGAAGCACCGGUUUGAAGAGGUGGUACGGGAGCUGCGGCUGGAGCAGGAACAGAUCAGACGGGAGCUAGAGCUCACAGCCCGCUCCCUUAAAGGAGUGGAGGAAGAAAAGAAAGAGUUGCGAAGCCUGACACAGUCCUUACAGAAAACCCUAGAGGAGCUCUCCCUGGAAAAGCAGCAAAUGCUGGAGAUGCUGGAAGAAAAUGAGAGCCAGCUCCCACCUCCAACCAGCCCCAGCAAGGAGCAAAGCCCCAUCUGGGGACUGCACUGCAGCCUGCGACAGAUUGAAGAGAAGAUGCAGCAACUUCUGGAGGAGAAACUCCUGGCAGAGAAGAGGAUGAAGGAGAAUGAGGAGCGGUCCCGAGCACUGGAGGAGGAGCGGGAGUUUUACUCUUCCCAGUCGCAAGCACUGCAGAACUCGCUCUCAGAGCUGACCGCAGAGAAGCAGCAGACAGAGAGAGACCUCAAGGCUGAGGUGAAGGUGCGCAUGGAUCUGGAGAAGAGACUGAGAGAAGCUGAGGAAGCGUUGCAGAGCUUGGAGCAAGGCUUAAAUUCUCUGGAUUGCAACAAGGAAAAAGAGGAGAAGAUGAAAGCAGAUGUCAGUAACUUGAGAA